AUGCCACCGCCGCCCUCACCACCAAGAUUAAGAGACUGCAGACUUGUUGAAACUACCCCCUCAAAGCAUAGGUCUCCUGAAAGAGCCAUACGCAGAAAGAGUUCCUUGGAUAGAGAACACCUUACUAAAGAUGCCCAGACAACAACGUACUACAUGAAAGAAUCCGGUUUUUUGAAUCCUUACUCCAUUUAUCGUAUAAAAUAUCCAUAUAUAAAGAAAUGGCAAGCAAGGAGGCAAGAAGAUAAAAAAAUCGUGGCUGAAACAAAACAGAAAAUACAAAAUAAAUUUAAAGAGGAAAUGGGGCUGCUGGUGGAUAUUCCCAAGCCAGGUUUCGGGAAUACUAAUGAUGGAAGUACAUCAAGAAGAUUUUUCUCAGAUCCACAAACUUCUUCCCGCAUCAUAGGACUUGACAUAGGACUUAUUGAAAAAUGUCCUGAUGAAGAACAAGCUAUAAAAACAAUUAAGCUUAAAAGAGGCAGAGAAAAACCUCGUAAGGUAAUCAUUGGGCCCAGGGGAAGACCUAGAAAAGAGUAUCAAGUUGCUGGUGAAAUCAUAAACGAUAAUUAA